CAAGAAUAUUCUUUUUUUCUGUGUACAUUUCGGGAGCGAAGUAGUGGCGCGUUUGAAAUAAUGUUUGGCUUUAUUUACAAUCGGAAAUCGCUGACUAUCGACUCGCGGGGAGAAAUUUCAUCCGCGCUUACGCGGAUUCAGGGAGAGCGGGAGAGGCAUAUUGCCUUACAACUUCGGUGACUGACGUAUUUACCCGAGUAUCCCGAAUCCCGGGGAAAACAGGAAAACAAUAUUUACCAUCCCUCCCCCUCCCCGCACACUCCUGCGCUUCGUUACUUGCCGGUUACUUGAUUACAUUAAUUUGCAGCCUUCCAGUCGCUCCAGAAACGAGUUUCUCGCGGAGUUUAAUCGACGAGCGGAAGCUGUUUGUUUGAUCCUCCUGGGGAAAUUACUUAGUUACACGCCGAAGUUCGUCCGGUAACUUCGCGAGGAGUUAUUUUCGAGGCCUCUUGCGAGACGCCGCCGGUGGCAUUAACGAAGUCGGUCGGUCGGUCCGGACGCAAUCUCGCGCGCUACGUUAAUCACACGAAUCUCGCGCGCGCCUGUUGCUUUCUUUUUUUUUCUUAUGGCAACAUCAGACGUCUCUUCGCUUCACUUUUCUCGGACUCUCCGCUUUCCGCCGAACUUCUCGCCAAAUGUCUGACUCGAAAGCGAAGUCACGAACUCUGCGUGUAAUGUGAAUUUCACAAGUAGAAAUUAGUUCUCCGUUCCGUUAUACGACGAAUUUUCGCGUUUGCAUACCGAGUUAGGGAAUAAAAAUUGAAUUUUUUGUCGUUUGAAUUUUUACUCCCUUCAUGAUUAUUAGCGUGGUUCGCGCUUGAUUUCGAUCGUGCGACAUUACGACACGUGAAUCGAAGUGAGAAAAAGUUUUACUCGCGUGUAAAGGCGACUCGACGUGACACGCGGAAAGUCCCCGGCAAAUUAUGCGAGCGUUUUGCGCGAAUGCGCAGCGCGUCUCUGUGUUUGUUUGCGUUAAUGCAAAUGUUUUUGGAUCGGCGAAAAAUUUGGAGCAAUGACGCGCGAACGGCACGUGUUAUCUCGGGAAGAUCGAGCGAGAGCGUGAAUUUCCAUCAGACGCGCGUCAGAUCCGCGAAUCGCGACCGAAUCGGCCCGCGUCGUCGGAACGCCACUAAAAUCGUAUUCGCAUUUUUUACCGCACUAGGUGCUUUCGCCUCGCGAAAACGUUAUGGACGUGUAAUUACACGCGCGCGUGACACCGUCGCGCACCGUCUGUGUUUGCUCGUUAUUCGACCGACAAUUGAAUGACGCGCCGUCUGGACUGCGUUAUCUGCAUAACAACAGAAUGCAGCGAUAAACAUUGACUUUGGAGCGUGCGCGGAGGACGCGCGAAAUGCAGAGUGCAUAAACGUAAAAUUUGUAUUCAGGGUUUUUUUUGUAAACAUUGAUUCAUCGUAUUUUAAGUUUUUUUUUUUAACCGAGAAUCGCAAGCGUUUCAUAAUUCCGCGCAUUCCGAUCUAUCUCAGAAUAAAUUUAUUAGCAUUAAUGUGUACACAGAAAAAACAAUCUCAAAUCCAAAGUCAUUGUCUCAUGUAUAAGCAAGAAUAUAAAUUUUUUUUACAGAAUUUGUUAAUCUUGAAUAUACAUUACUUAUAUGACUUAACAAGAAAUUUCUAAUUCCAUUAAGAAAAAUAUAUUUUUCCUUAUUCAAUAAUAAUUUUUAUUACAUUGAGGGGAAAACUAUUGUAUAAAGAAUAACUCAAAAAAUUAGGAUCUAUUUCCUAUUAUUAUUAAAACAAUCAUAUAUCGAAAUAAAAUUAUAAUAUUUUGAAAUUUAAAAUUAUCAACAUCUUUAAACAAUAAUUGUCGAAUACUAAUCUUUUUACGCUUUUACAAAUUUAUUACGCUUGAACAUUUUUAAUAAUUAUUUUAAUGGUCCAACAAAAUAAUUUUAAAAUUUAUAAGUAUUAUAGUUAAAUUUUUAGACAUAAAAAGCAAAACGUUCUUUUUGUGUAUGUAUAUAAGAACAUAAUCUAUGCAAUAUUUCAUUUCACACAUAUAAUAUGGAAAGGAAUUAUGAUCGUAAAAUCGUAAUUUUUUAGUACGCGCUUGAAAUUCUUCAAUAACAAUUCUUAUCAAAAACGGAUUAAUAAAAGCAUCGUGUGUAUUGACAGUCAGAGUACCGUACUAUCAUUCUCGAUCAAGCUUUUUACGCAAUGCCAUUUCAAUUUUCGGAAAGCUUAGAGAUACAGAUCAAAUCGCAGAGAUAAAAUGCGAGAUACGAAAAAAAAAAACGUAUCUCCGAUGAAGUAGGCGUUAAGCGACAAGUGGUGAAAGUGAUUGGCAGUAUUGAUUGAAGUAGGUAUCUUAUGUCCCGCAGAGGAACAUGCAGACGGCACCCCUGAUGGGAUGGAGAGCAUUCACGCAAGUACCGCCGAACACGCCCGGAUCACUGGCUCAUCCUUCCGCUCACCAUACUAUUCCUUGCGGUCCGCCGGGCGGGUCCGUUUCCGCCAUCACGCAUCCCGUCGUCGUGCAGCAGCAACAGCGGGACCGCGAGGAACGGGAACGGGAGGCGCGGGAGCGCGAGCGGGAACGGGAGCGGGACGUUCGCGAACGGGAGCACCUGGUGGCGGCCGAGAGGCUACACCAACGGCAGACCGAGGCGAGGGACGUGCAGCAGAGGGCCGCCUACUAUGCGGCCACGACACAGUCGGCUCAACAGAUUCGAUCUUUGAACGUGCCCGGGAAAGUCGAGUACCCGCCACCGCCGGCGCACUCGCGGACGUCAAAGUCGUCGUUGCAGGUCGGGCUGCACGAGAAAUCGUCGGUGGUAGGUCCACCGACGCACAGCUCGCUACCGAAAGCCGAACCGAACGUGAACCUGUUUAAUUACACGUCGACGUAUCAGCCGCAGCCAUCCUGCACGCCCUAUCUGCACGAUCUCAAGAUAAAGAACGAGAUGGGAUCGCACAAGUCGCUUUCGAGCAAGAGCGGACUAGAGAGGGACCACCACGGCAGAGAGGUGCUGCAGAACCCGCCGUCUCUACUGCCGGAUCACAAGAGCUCGGUGAUCGUGAAGAACGAGGGCAGAGAGCUGCCGAAGGCGCCGACGCCGCAACAGCACUCGUCCAGCCCGAAGAUAAUGCCUUACAUGAACGUCCAGUCGGUGGCGCCGCAGCACAAGUCAUCGGCGUACGAGUACAGAAGCCCGACGCAGAGUCCGCAUCACCUGCACCCGGCGCAUCUGGACGGUCUGCAGCAGGGGAAGAGCAUCGCGGGGCCGCCGACGAGUCAUCAUCGCGGUAGCGGCGGCGGUGGUGGCGGCGGCGGCGGUGGCGGCGUGCCGACGACGACGCAGUUACCGAGCCCGCACGGUCAUCCACCACCACCGCCGUCGGCGCAGCCCGAGCCACGUCUGCACUCGCACAACUCCCGUCAAUCCCCGCAUGCACCGCCGCAGAAUCCGCACCAGCCGCCGCCACCGCCGCAUCCGUCGCCGCCUGAGUCGCGCUACGGUCUCGGCAGGUCGGAGCCCACGGGGCUGCCGUACGGCGCCAAGUCCACGUAUCCGUACCCGCAUCCGCAUCCGCCCACGGCCUCGCCGGCGUCGUCGCAUUACGCUACGCCACCGCCGGCCGGCGCCAAGCAGAAAGUCAGCAGCCCGGCGCCGCCGCACUUCUACGGCGAGCCUAACUCCGGCAUCACGGCCGGUUUGCCGGUCUGCCGUGCCUCCAAAACGCCUGUCGCCGCGCCGAUACCGCUUACCUCGAAGGCCGGGAGCUCGCCUUACCAGCAAGUGCCUCAUCAUCACGGGGCUCCGCCGCCGCCGUUGCCGCCGCCUGCGCACAGUCGGUCCGUUUACGACAGACACGGCUUUGCCGGCGCGAAACUGCCGCCGCCGACGUUGCACGGUUCGCCGCCCACGGUCGCCUCGGCGCCGCUCUCAAGGCCGAUCGCUCAUCCCGCUCAUCCCGCUCACCCUGUGCAUCUCAACACCAGUCCGCACCAGCCCGGUCAGACGUUGCAGCACUCGCAGCCUCAACUCUCCACGUCCCCGCAAACGCAACCGCUCGAUCUCGGGGUAGAGAGGUCGGGCUCGCCCAAGAGGAAAGCACCGACGCCAUUAUUGUGCGAGAACUCCAGCGGCCAGCCGGUGUCGUUGGAAGUUUGUAAAAAGCGAAGGACCGAAGAACCGCAGCCGUUGUCCUUGCAAUCUGUCGGUCCGCCCGUUCUCUCCAGGGUGAGCGAGCCCAGUCCGCUUAUCGCCUCGGCCGCCACGUCCAUCACCACAGUUGUCAAUACCGCGGCACUGCUGGCGCAGCCGAACAGCCAGGUAACGCAAGAGCAACGCAUAGUGACGGCGGUGAGUCCGGCUCCGGGAACCGCCAGCGGUGACGGUUCCAUGCGACCCGCCAGCACCGGUAGCGUAUGCUCGUUGAAUCCAACGUCGGUGAGCGCGGCACCGAGUCCGGCACCCAUUCCCAGCCCGGCGCCAUCCACGGCACCCAGCCCGGCGCCCAGUGCUCCCGGCACGCCCGCCAAGAGCAACUCCAGCAACGCGGAUAGCGAAAAGUGCAACAGUCCGGCACCGAGACCGCCCAGCAGCACCAGCUAUCCGGUGCACAAGCUGAAAAAAGCCUGGCUGCAAAGACACUCGAGGUGUGAAGACGGCACCGAGAACACCACGAACAUAGCCAGCAGCGUCACGUUACCCCUCAAUAUUCCACGUGAGACACCGUCGUCGAACAGCAAGGACCGCGAUAGUAGUAACGCGUCAUCGAACGCAAACAACAGCAACGCGUCGACCACCUCUUUGCCCAGCGCGGUCAAUUCAAUUCACAAUAUCGGUAGCAUGGCCGUCAACAGCAUAAGCAAGAGUAAAGUUACUGGCAAGAGCGGUCGAAAACCGGCGAACAAAGAGUCGCUGAACGGUCACGCUACCGAUACCAGCAAGACCCCGCAGGAGGACUCGUCUAGCAGCGACCCGGAGAGAAAGUCGCCGCCCAAACGGAAGCCACCCAAGGUAAAACGAAAGAAGGGCGCCGCACGGAGGCAACAGACGGCCGCGGAAGAUCAGCGGAGGCGGAAGGAGGACAAGCAGGGCGGCGGUGCCGGCGCGGGCAGCGAGUCUAGCAACGAGAGCGAGGCGGGCUCCGCCAGUGACACCAGCGAACAGUUAAGCUCUAUCCAGCCUGCGUCCAGGGUUCGGCACACCACGGCCAAUUCCAACAAUUCCUCGGGAAACGGAGGUAAUAAGGAACCUAGGAAACGUGGUAGGAGACCAAAGACUACAAAGAGCAACGAAGUAGGAGGGGAGGACCAGCAGCCCCGUCAGAAAAAGGAACGCAGAGACGAUAGCACGAGUAAUAACAGCGGCCCGGGUGGAAGUGGCGGACGGGGCGAUCCCUUUCGUAAGCCCCCGAUAUCGCAGCUAAAGAAAACCGGCGAGAGCUGGCUGCAGGACGGCGCCUGUUUCGAGGUGGCUCCGAAGCUGGCCAAGUGCCGCGAAUGCCGAUGGACGCCGCAUCAGCGCUCCAAAAACCUUCCUCAGAACAUCUUUUGCAGAUUCUACGCGUUUCGCAGACUGCGUUAUACCAAAAACGGACAAUUGGCCAUAGCGGGAUUCAGUGAUCCACACAAGGAUGCGUCCGAGGAUGAUCUUCGAUUAUGGUUACCAGGAAAAGAUAAUCAAGAGACAAUAGGAAAGGACGACAAGUCCGAGAAAAACGAAAAGGACAAAGGAGAUCGAGAGGACCUAGACUUAGAAACGGCUCAUAGGCUGCUUCGGCAGGUUGGCGAUCAAUUCUGUGAUCUUUUGCAUCAAGAGAAGAACGCUCUUCAAGAACACAUGGCUGAAGCGAGUUCGGGGGUUCUAGACGGAACAGUAGCGUGGAAACGAGUGAUCCAGGGUGUUCGAGAGAUGUGCGACGUGUGCGAGACUACCUUGUUCAAUUAUCAUUGGGCUUGUGGCAAAUGCGGUUUCGUUGUAUGCAUCGAUUGUUAUAAGGGACGCAAAAAUGGAACGGUUAAAAUCUGGGGCGAAAGUGGAAAGGAUAGGGACGACUUUUCGUGGCUUCUGUGUACGAAUAGACAAGUGCACGAACCAGAACGACUUAUGCUCACGCAAAUUAUUGCCGGCGACAGUCUUUUGCGACUAGGUCAACGUCUACACGAGUGUCGUACGGAAUGGGGAAUCCCGCAACACUGCGCUUGCUCCCUUGUAGCUGCGUCGCAACCGAAUGACAUUCUUCGAAAUCUGAUUAAAGGCGAUUCCGUUCCAGUUCUGAACGGAAACGUGAAACAAGGGAUAAAAGAGGAGAAGAAGAUAAACGAGUCUAACGGCGCAGAGAGCAAGACCAACGGCGAGGACAAAAACUCGCCGCUAAACUGGUUAGCUGAUGUGGCGCUGCAGAAUCAAGACAAGAAUGACAGCGGCUCAAGCUCCGACUCAGAUGACGAUCGCGAAGGUAAUUAUUCGACGUUGCGGGAAUUACUGAUAAGACCGUCGCACAAGUCAAACGGUAGCGGUGGAUCCAGAUCAAAUUCACCUACAAAUAAUUCGGGCGGCGGUGUGAACAAUGCCACACAGAACAAUGUCGCCAAAUCCGGCAAGAAGUCGAAAAUGGAUACGCUCGACGAGGUUAUAUCUAGCGUGAUUGAACACAGCGUCAAAAAGGAAAAGGACAGCAGCCUGGACGACGAAAAACCACGGGAAUUGAAACAUUUCGUGCGACGCUACAAGUGGACGCAGCGUGGCCGUGAGCCGUUACCGAUUAGAAUUAUGACGGGAACAGAGAGCCAGAGUCUUUAUCCGGACGUUCCGCACUCUUGGCUCUGCGACGGCAAGCUGCUGAGAUUGAGCGACCCGAAUAAUCCAAACAACUACAGAAUAUUCCAGGAUCAGUGGAAGCGAGGGCAACCAGUGAUCGUGUCGGACGUUUCUAAGGCGCUGGACAUGAAUCUCUGGCAUCCCGACUCGUUCGCUCGCGAUUUCGGCGACGAGAAGAACGAUCUCGUUAAUUGUAUGACCGGCAAUCUGGUGCCGAAUCAGCCGAUGCGUAAGUUCUGGGAAGGAUUCGAAUACUAUUCUAAACGGCUCAAGGACGAGCGGGGAAAUCCCAUGUUGUUGAAACUGAAGGACUGGCCGCCCGGCGAAGACUUCGCCGAGCUGCUACCGUCGAGAUUCAAUGAUCUGAUGAAGGUUCUUCCAUUGUCCGAGUACACGCAUAGAAAUGGCAGACUGAAUCUGGCAAGUCGUCUGCCUAAUUGCUUCGUGAGACCGGAUUUGGGCCCGAAGAUGUAUAACGCCUAUGGUUCCGCUCUUCAUUCCAACAAAGGCACGACUAAUCUUCAUCUUGAUAUCUCGGAUGCCGUGAACGUUAUGGUAUACGUAGGAAUGCCAAAGGAUGUUACCGAAGACGAAAGUAAAAAAACUACGGCAGAGGCGAUGAGAGCGAUAGAUGAAGCAGGCUGUGAUAUUCUGACGCGUCGACGCGCUCGCAAAGAAGAGGAGAAACCUGGUGCUCUGUGGCACAUUUAUGCAGCACGUGAUGCGGACAAAAUUCGAGAUCUUCUGAAUGCCGUUGCCUUAGAACGCGGAGCCCGUUUGGAGCCUCACCACGAUCCCAUUCACGACCAGAGUUGUUACUUAGAUGGACCAUUGCGAGAACGAUUGUAUCGAGAAUAUGGCGUCGAAGGGUAUGCCAUCGUCCAGUGUCUAGGCGAUGCCGUAUUUGUGCCAGCUGGCGCGCCGCAUCAAGUCCGCAAUCUCCAAAAUUGUAUAAAGGUGGCCGAGGACUUCGUGUCACCAGAAAAUGUUUCGCAUUGCUUCCAUUUAACCCAGGAAUUCCGUGCGCUAUCUGACACUCAUACCAAUCAUGAGGACAAACUCCAGAUCAAGAACAUUAUUUACCACGCCGUGAAGGACUCUUUGACCGUUCUAGCCAACGUUAAGGAGGAGACUCUCGCCAAACUCGCCAAGGCUAACAAUGAGACGAAAGUGAAGGAGGAGACUUAACCCUAGGUUCUCUUUGUACGGUCGUAAGAUCGAUUGCUAAAUCCCCUUGAUUAAUCUCGUCAUCCGUGCGAGUUUAAUUAAUAGUCAGUUCCCCGAUAUAGCGAGGCUGGCAUGACCCGGAAGAAUCUGCAGAAGAAGACAGUUCUUUCCGCAAAAAGACCGUAGCGGAAAUGCGAGAAUUUGUGAUAUUUGUGAAGAAUUUAAUGAUUUUAAUCGAAGGAUUUGAUUUGCUGAUAUUGGCUGAGCCAAUUAACAUUAGUUAUAUGUUGUUUAAUUCAGAUUUCCUUAUAUGCAAUUCUUUUCUGCUCUCCCGUUUUUCCCCGAGACAAGGUGUCCGCGGACAUGAAGUCCGAUCAGUUCUAUUACGAGUGAAAAGAAAAUCGUAGCUCGGAUCGCGCAUAGGUAAAACGCCGCGUCCAUUACUAUUGUGAUACCAGAAGGACUUUGGAUCGUAUACAUUAUUUGUAAUUAAUUAUAUCGUGCCUGUAUCCAAUACAUACACUCAUUCACACAUACACAUACACACAUGUACACACUUGUCUAUAUUAUAUAAAUGUAGAUAAUUGAAAUAUUAUGUAAUAAUUUUUGCUAGUAACUACCAGAGAGAAGAAGGGAGAGAAAGGGGGUUCAUCUAGAAGUACCUUUGUGCAAUUAGGUGUGACUAUAAAUUAUUAUAGCUGGAUCAGCGAUAACUGCGGAUCCAUUUAAUCGUCUGCUCUGAUGAUCUGGUGCUUUUCGAUAUUUGAUCAAAACCCCGGCUAAGAGAUAGCCGAUACGUAUAUUCGCGUUCAUGUCUUCUAUGUUUCACGCGACAAGGGUGUAAAGAAUAAAACACUGCCUAACUAAAAUCGGUUCGACGACAAUGGAAGAAACUAUCGCAUUUCUCUUUUUUUUUGUUUAAACAUACAUUUUGUAUUUUUCGUAGAAUGAGACAUUCUUGUAUGUAUCUUGAUGCAUUGUGUUUUUAUGGCGACGUAUGUAUCGGUUAUAUGAGCGACGGGGUGCUACAAGUUUUGUAUGUCACUUCGAUUAUAAGGCAUCAGAACAAAAAAAAAGUAAGAAAAAAAAACAACUUGUCCGAUAUAAAUUUUCUGAGAUGUAACGGUGGAUGUCAAACAUCGUUGAAUUGAACGUUUCAUUGUUGUCGUAACCCAGUGACUACCCGGCGUGUAACGGACGGGAAAUAACUAAUAAGAUGAAUAUAUGUUAUUUUUGUCAAAGUGUAUACAAACCGUCUACAUCGGACGAUAAAAACGAAAAGACAGCGAUAUCGUGAACGAGAUGCUGAGACGCUCUAAAUAAAUAAUGAAAUUAUUUGCAGUAACAUUUGCAGUAAAGGUAAAAGGAAAGAGAGAGGAAAAGGGAUAACGACUUUCGAAGUGCCAAUGUUGAAUCAUGUGGGACAUUAAGUAUGUGCGCGUUAUAUUGUAUUCGUGUAUGCGUAGGUAGAAGAGAAAGGAAGGAAAGAGAACUUAUUAGUCACGCAGAAUUCGCAGAGAUGACAGGGCCGAGUUCCUAUCAUUUCGUGACAGUUCAUGCGAACGACGAGGUUCUAUCCCGCUAUUCGCACUGUCACUUACGAUUCGAAAACUGCUGGUCGCUUCCGCUUUCUUUUUCCCCUGUUUGCUGAAUUUCGUUUGAUAGAUGUUGCGUAAGGGAGUUAAUACAUGAGAACUUUCCGAUAUCUAUGUUCAUACUUGUAACGUGCGACAUUGUAAGACGUACAGCAGCUCUCGAAUCGAACGUAACGUCGUUACGCGCCAUUCUCGCGCCGAUUGAUCGUCAGUUAAUUAUCUAUGAUUAAUCUUGACACAGCAUGUAAAGAGAAAAGAGGGGAAGAGCAAACGUAAGAGAAAAAGAAGAAUAAAAAAAAUUACUGGCAUCCUGGAAUCCGCAAUUUCUUUGAUCUCAACAUUCGUCUAGCAUACAACGACUUGAUUAAUAUUUAACGAGUAAAUUUUUAAAAUAUCUUAGUGUUGAUAGAUAACGAUUGUGGGAAUUAUAUUAAGCUACAAACAAGCAAAAGUACUAACUCCACCAACGGCGGCGGUGUUGUAUAAAGUUCUAGAAAGACGUAUUUCUGUGUAUUAUUGCUGCAAAACGAGACGCUAUUGUUUGUCCUCUUGCUACGUGUAUGUACAUACAUUUAUAUACAUCCGUAUAUGUAUACAGAUAUAAAUACGAAGGCGAGAAGAGUGUCUAGGACUCGUAACGAUAGGGAGGUAACGCAAACCUUCACGAAAUACGAGGAGGUACAUCUUACACGCGUAGGUAGAUAGUUUAUUAUACCAUUAUUAUAAUUAUUAUAUAUUAUCAUUAUUACGUUUAAUUAUUACGGAAAAUACGAUAUUUAAAUGUUGCUGAAUAUGAAAAACGACAAACAUGAACGCGCGCGAGUGUAAAUGAUUAAAAGGGGGGGGGGAGUAAGAAAGAGUAUCGGAAGAGUAGACAAACGAGGAAGUGAGCGAGAAAGAACGAUUAGAAAGCGUAUGCGUGGACGAGAGAGAGAGAGAGAGAGAGAGAGAGAGAGAGAAAGAGUGCGUAAAGGAUGGUGAUUGCUUGUGUGUGCGUGUGUUUGGUGGCGAUCCAGUGAAAAUGUGACAGAAUGAGAGAACGAGGGGCCGUGUAUUGGGGGCGGAGUGGAAUGGACGAUAUCUCUAAAUACAAUGUACAGACCUUUGACCUCCCGCAAGACGUGUGUAUAUCCACUCCCCCGAGGAAAAGAAAAAAAGAAUACCGCUCUACCUACCCCUUUCCUCCCCCUGCGUCCCUUCCUGCAACCACCGGCCGCCCCCAGUCAUAGCAGUUAUGAACCGCGGGCCGGCAGGUCUGAGUAUAAUUUUUUGUACUGUGUAAAUGUAAGAACCAUACGUUUGAAUAAGAAAAAAAUGUUUAUAUUACGAAA